CACUACAUAUAUAUCAUACAAAAGCAAAAGAGAUUAGGAGAUAUCGUAGGAGGACGACAGAGUAUGAUGCAAGUUAUCAGACACAUGUAAAUAAGUAAAGUCAUGAUUAAUUUUCUGGGGACACUGAUUUAAGAAAACUUGGAUGUUAAGCCAAUUCUUACACAGGUGAAUACAAAAUCCUAAUCCAAAUAUUUUUGCCUUGACACUGUUCCAUCAAUGAUUGUGAAUACACCUCCUCCUGAUCAGGAGAGAUCUUGAAGCAGAAACAUGCUGCUGCUUCUCUGGGAUCCACUGCCUCCAGCAGAAGCAGUUUCUGGCAACCAAGAUCUCAUCACAGACAUCCUUCUACGCCUCCCUGUCAAGUCUCUUCUCCGGUUCAAAUGCGUCUCCAAGCAGUGGCUCUCUCUUAUCUCCGACCCCCGAUUCAGUCGUAAUUAUCGCAGUCUUGCAUCUGCCAGCAUCCUAUUGUGCGGAACAACCGAGCUCAUUGAUCAUGUAUCUUGCGGCAGAAGAAACUCCGAGCCGCCCUUUACUUCUCUCGGUUUCAUUGAUGACUCUGCAGGUACCAAAAUCUUGCAGUCAUGCAAUGGCUUGAUGUUGUGUUGCAGCUUUUUCAAAAUGGGAAAGAGUUGCAACUAUUACAUCUGUAAUCCUUCAACAAGGCAAUUCUUGAUGCUUCCUCCACCUAAUGCCAAAGGGUGUGAUGAAUCCACAACCACUCUUGGUGUUUAUUUAGCUUUUGAUCCUUCUAAAUCACCUCACUACCAAGUUGUUUGUGUUCGAAAUUGUUCUUCCUCGUCAGCAGCAGCAGCAAAUGAUCAUUACCAGAUUGAGAUAUACUCGUCUGAGACUCUCAGUUGGAGGCUUUCCGGGUCUCCUUUCAGUGUUCCAUUCGACAUGGUUUUUGACAACGGGGUUUUUUGGAAUGGUACAAUACAUUGGAUUAGUCCAACAGGGGCUUCACUCUGUUUUGAUAUUGUCCACGAGCAACUUGGAGAAAUGCCUAGCCUUCCAUCAAAUGAGAAAUGGAGCAAGAGGAGGUUAAGGUAUUUCGGCGAGUCUAGUGGUCAUUUGCACCUAAUUGAAAUCUAUGGCUCUGGCACCACUCAAUUCCAAGUCUUCGAGAUGAAGAAAGACUACUCUAGCUGGAUUCCCAAGUACCAAGUUGACCUCGCCGCGAUUGUCAAGGCAUUUCCAGAGAUGGUUCGGAGCUACCCUGACGCCCAUGAUUCUCGAUUUUGUCUAUUUAGUAUCCUCUUUGUGCAAGAGAAUGAAGAGGACUCAUUAUUGUUGCUGCAAAUCCCUGGUAAGUUCAUAUCUUACAAUCUUACACAUAAGACCUUCAAGGAGAUUUGUGAUUUUGGAGCAAACUCCACCAAGGCAAAUACUUCAUUACCGAUUGGUUGCUUCCAAGCUUAUCAGUUCAUAGAGACUCUGGCUUGUGUUUGAUCAUUUCAAUAUAUUUCCAUUCCCUUAUUAUUUGUUCCGUUAAUAUCCAAAAGUGCUAAAUUUGUAACUAUAUCUAUAUGUUUCUCAACUUGAUCCAGAAAGUGUAGAAUUUCUUAUCUCACAUUUUCAUUUGUA